AUGCUUUGCUUCUGUGAGCAUUGUUCACAUUUUAGUCUGCAAAAAGCAUUAUUACAGCUGCUUGUACUCAUAAUGUUGUCCAUGCUUGCAAGAAAGGCCGCUUCCAUACACAAUCAACGUUUCAUAGUGAAGUUGAGUGCAUUCAAUUUAUGCUGCAACUCUCUCACUACCGUUCCCAAUAAGGAUGAUGGUGCUUCUGCCAGAACACUAUCCGACCCACCUUCUGAGUAUAAUUCUAGUAGCAGCCUUCAUCUUUCGCCGUUUUUGUCCAACUUCAAUCACCCCUCGAGUGGAUUUGACAUUGAGCUUGUCGACCAUGAUGCUUGGGGGGUCUCGUCUGUGGUGGCACAAGCCUGGCGACAAGGGGAUUUGCCUGCAUCAGAAGAUAUUUCUUGUGGUCAGCAUGUCAUUGAUGAAUCCCUUGAUUCUCAUUCCGCGGAUGUUGAUGGUGAACUUGAUUUUGAAGACAUAGACAACAUGAGAGUUCGUGGCAGUCUGUUCUAUAAGCUAGAGCGUAGUUCCAUGGAGUUUGAAGAGUAUAAUCUUGAGUUUCACAAGAAGAAAUCAUCCAAGAAGAAAAACAACAAGACUGACUUAAUCAACAAAGCUAAAGAAGCUAAAGCUAAAACAAAACCAAAUGUGACUUCCAAGGAUCAGAAGCUUCCCGGAGUUAAUGAUUUUGGAAGAAACGGUAAAAGUGUUAUGCCCCGGAUGGACAAUGUGACUUCCAAGGAUCAAAAGCUUCCCAAAGUUAAUGAAUUUGGAAGAAACAGUAAAAGUGUUAUGCCCCGGAUGGACGAAAUCAGUGACGUGUCUCCUGUGAACAAGAGACAGAGGGUUCCCACUUUUAACCAGCUUACAGGUCCUUAUCAUGAACCAUUUUGCUUGGACAUUUAUAUAUCGAAAGCCUCUGUUCGCGCCUGCAUUGUUCAUAGGGUCACUAGCAAGGUGGUUGUUGUGGCACAUUCCAUUUCUAAGGAUCUCAAGUUUGAUCUGACUUCAACCAAGAAUAAAACCACAUGUGCUGCUGUGGGGAAAAUUCUGGCUCAAAGAGCAUUGGCUGAUGAUAUUCAUGAUAUUAUUUACACUCCAAGGAAAGGAGAAAGGGUGGAGGGAAAGCUUCAGAUUGUUCUUAAUUCCAUCAUUGACAGUGGCAUUAAUGUGAAGUUAAAGAUUAAACAGCGAAACAAGAAGAAGUCUUUCAGCUCACAUUUUAACUAG